AUGGAAGGCGACUACGACGUUAUUGUGCUCGGCACGGGCCUGACAGAGUGCAUUCUGUCUGGUCUGCUCUCAAUUGACGGCAAGAAAGUGCUCCACAUCGACAAGCAGGACUACUACGGCGGCGAGAGCGCCUCGCUGAACCUGACCCAGCUGUACUCCAAGUUCAAGCCCAGCAAGCCGUACAGCGACCAGUUCGGCAAGGACCGCGACUGGUGCGUGGACCUGAUCCCGAAGUUCCUCAUGUCCAACGGCGAGCUCACCAACAUCCUCGUCCACACCGAUGUCACCCGGUACAUGGAAUUCAAGCAAAUUUCGGGCUCGUACGUGUACAGAGGCGGCCGGAUCGCAAAGGUGCCUUCGAACCAGACGGAGGCGAUUUCGUCGCCGCUGAUGGGCUUUUUCGAGAAGAGAAGAAUGAAGAACUUCCUCGAGUUUAUCAUCAAGUACAAGGAAGACGAGGUUUCGACGCACGGCGGCGUCGAUCUGGACAAAAUCACCAUGGACGAGCUGUACAACAAGUACGGGCUUGAGCGGGGGACUAAGGACUUCAUUGGCCACGCCAUGGCGCUGUGGUCGAACGACGACUACCUGUUUCAGCCGGCCAGAGAGACGUACGACAGAAUCGUCCUGUAUCUGGGCUCUGUUGCCAGAUACGGCAAGUCGCCAUACAUCUACCCGCUGUACGGGCUCGGCGAGCUGCCGCAGGGCUUUGCCAGACUCUCGGCGAUCUACGGCGGCACGUUCAUGCUGGACACGCCGAUCGAGGAGGUGUUGUACGAGGACGGCAAGUUUGCCGGUGUCAAGACCAAAGAGGGCGUGGCCAAGGCGCCGGUGGUGAUCGCCGACCCCACGUACUUCCCUGAAAAAGUCAGGAGCACCGGCCAGAAGGUGAUCAGGGCCAUGUGCAUUCUGGACCACCCUAUCCCCAACACGUCGGACGCAGACUCGGCGCAGAUCAUCAUCCCGCAAAACCAGGUGGGCAGGAAAAACGACAUCUACAUCGCGACCAUCUCGUCGGCCCACAACAUCUGCGCCAGGGGCUACUAUCUGGCCAUCAUCUCGACGAUCAUCGAGACCGAUAAACCCCACUUGGAGCUGGAGCCCGCCUUCAAGGUGAUCGGCGCCACCAAGGACGUGCUCAUGGGCAUUGCCGAGCUGUACGAGCCCAUCGAUGACGGCUCCAAGGACCACAUCUACAUCUCCAGGUCGUACGAUCCGUCGUCCCAUUUCGAGUCCACGACAGACGACGUCAAGGACAUAUACAAGCGGGUCACGGGCCACGAUCUGGUGCUAAAAAAACGCGCCACCGUCGAGGAGGAGGCCGAGCUUGCGGGACUGAGCUAG